UUAUGUACAACACCACUAAUCAGUAAUUUGCAUGUGUGAACAAAAUAAAUGGUUAAGGUACACGUGCAAACUUUCAAUGACACGUAGCAUCUACGUGUUGAGAAAACAACCAAAUUAACAUGAAACGUGGCUAAGCAACAUCUUUAAUUAUUCCCUUGAUGCAAAUUAAGUAACUGAUCCAUCCAUCCAUCCACAUAGAACAGAACAGAAACUAGAAGAAGUGAAACAAAGAGAAAGAUAGAAACAAGAAACAAAGAGAAUCAUAAAAAUGAGUACUGAAAGUGAAGAAUGGAGAAAAAAUGCAGAGACACACAAAAUGAGUUCAGAAGAAGUAAGAGCAGCAGGAGUAGAAGCUUCAAAGAGACCACCAGGAAGUAAUCAUGGCUCUACUAGAAAUGUUCUUCAUCAAAGGAAAUCACUUCCAUUCAACUUAUCUACAAUGGCUAUUGUUGGUUUGCUUAUUACAGGUGUUGUUGGAUAUUCGGUUUUGUAUACAAAGAAGAAGCCAGAAGCAUCUGCUGCUGAUGUUGCUAAGGUUUCUGUUGGAGUUGCUGAUCCUGAAGAUACUCAUCCUAAGAAAUAAUAGACAUACAUAAAUAUGGCCUAUUAAACAUCAUAGUUUAAAAUUACGGUUGAUGCGGUCAAAAUUGUGGUUGUGAUGUUGUUCUGGUCUUUUAAAUUCUGAACCAAUUACAUGUACCUUUUUGUUUAUAUUUAAGUUCAGAGGAGUUAUUAGGUUUUGAUUAAUAAAGAUCUUGAGGUUAUUACUUCCCUUUUGUUUCAUAAAUAAAGAUUUUGAUCCACCAAUCGUUUGG